GCACCUCUUUUGGAGAAGCUCCGGGUUACCAAGAGCUUGCGGAGAGAACUUGACACUCAGAUCUUAGAGAGGGAUCUGUUGAGCCCCAAAAGGGCUCAAAGAGAAGAAAGAGCCUGACUCUGGCUUGACAGUUUGCCCUCUCCUCCAUUACAACAACCUUCCCUUCAGUUCUACAUGGUCUUCUCCAGUACCACCAAUGGAUACUUCUAAAAAUGUUCUUCUGUGGGUUGCUGCCGUGUCUGUGAAAAGGCGGAAAGAGGAUUAUCAGAGAAAGAGAAUUGGAGGCGAGACAAGAGCCCAGUGUUUUCUGCAUUUUCUACUGCUUUGGGGCCCCUCCAAGCCCCUGGGUGUGUGUGUGGUGGUGGUGGUGGUGGGGGACAGGGUGGAAGAAGGAGUCCUACUCUCACCGAAGACAGAGGGAAGGGGUGCAGAGGGAGGAUAAAAUCUAGGAGUUAGUCGACAAGAAUAUGCCCGCUGUCAGAGAAAAUGACCUCUAGACUGGGAGGCUGUAGGUAGGUAUUGCAGCAGGUGGACUAGGACGAAGACAUAGCUGUGAAGCUUUGGAAAUUUUGCUUAACCUUAUUAUGUCAAGUGUUACAAGAAGACAGUAGCUCAUACCUUAUGGAGGUGCUGUGAAGACUGGAGAUAAUAUAUGUAAAGCACUUGGCACAUAGUUGGUGUCAGUAAACUAGUAAAACUAGUUGGCGUCAGUGACUAGUAAAAAUGGCUAGUUUCCCUGUCAAUAGUUCUUUCUCCCCAUUCCCCAGGAACCUUAGUUUUAGUGUCUUGUUGUCUGUGGCCUCCAGCCUCUGAAUUAUCUAAGACCAUGGGUGAUCCUUCCAAAUCCUAAGGAUUUUUCCUCAUCCCCCACUUCCCUUCAUGCGUUCCAGCUGGACACACUCAUUCCUAAAAUAUGCAGAUGGAAGCUAUGGUAACCAUGGAGACAGAUUAGGUGGCAAGGAGAGGCAGAGACAGUGAGAGGACAACGACAAAUAGGAAGAGAAGACAUAGGAAUGAUACAUACAGGGACCUCCGAGCAACAUAAAGAAAUGAAUCUAAAGAUACGGCAAAGAGAGGCAAUGGGAGAAGCUGUGUCACAGCUUCUCUCCUCCCGAGCCGGCGCUGUGCCCAGGGCGCACCGGGAGGAGGGACCAGGAUCCGGCGCCCGGGCGCAGAUACUGACACCAAGGGAAUCCGUGUGCCCCCCCCCCGCCCCGGCCAUGUGGACCCCCAGGAAUCCGGCUCCCCCACCCCGGCUGUCCUAUGGCUUCGGCCUCAAUCCUGGCCAGGCAGAGAUUCUGCGGAUAUCCAGGGAUAGGCUUCACCUCUGAGACCUCAGCUCUCUGCCAGUCACUGCUCCCAGACCCUUAGCCACCCUCGGCAGGUCUCAGUCCCGGCUCCAUCGGUGCUCUCUACCCAGCCGCAGCUAUGCUGCACACCGAGGGCCACGCUCUUCUCCGGGCUGUGGGUCAGGGUAAGCUGCGCUUGGCCCGUUUGCUUCUGGAGGGAGGAGCCUACGUGAAUGAGGGUGAUGCCCAGGGGGAGACUGCGCUAAUGGCGGCGUGUCGCGCCCGCUACGACGACCCCCAGAACAAGGCGCGCAUGGUACGCUACCUCCUGGAGCAAGGUGCGGACCCCAACAUCGCAGACCGCCUGGGGCGCACGGCGCUCAUGCACGCCUGCGCCGGGGGUGGGGGCGCCGCAGUGGCCUCGCUGCUCCUUGCCCACGGCGCGGACCCCUCAGUCCGAGAUCACGCAGGCGCCUCGGCGCUCGUCCACGCCCUGGACCGCGGGGACCGCGAGACCCUGGCCACGUUGCUGGAUGCCUGCAAGGCCAAGGGCACGGAGGUCAUCAUCAUAACCACCGAUACCUCGCCCUCGGGCACCAAGAAGACCCGUCAGUAUCUCAAUUCCCCACCAUCCCCAGGGGUGGAGGACCCGGCUCCGGCUCCUUUGAGCCCGGGGGUCUGCACGUCGCCUUCAGAGAUCCAACUGCAGAAUGCAGGAGGACUGGGAUCGUUGUCCCCUCGCGCCCAGGAAGAAGAGGAGAAACGGGACGUAUUUGAAUUCCCUCUUCCUAAGCCCCCUGAUGACCCCGCCCCUCCUGAGCCGCUCCCCAAACCGCCUCGACACCCCCCCAAACCGCUCAAAAGGCUCAACUCCGAGCCCUGGGGCCUAGUGGCUCCUCCUCAACCGGUCCCUCCUGCAGAAGGGAGACCGGGAAUCGAGCGCUUGACCGCCGAAUUCAACGGCCUGACCCUGACUGGUCGACCUCGUCUUUCCCGACGUCACAGCACUGAGGGCCCGGAGGAUCCGCCCCCCUGGGCGGAGAAAGUGACGGGCGGGGGUCCCCUCUCGCGCCGGAACACCGCGCCGGAGGCUCAGGAGUCGGGUCUCCCUUCUGGGCUAAGGCAAAAACUGAGCCGCAUGGAGCCGGUGGAGCUGGACAUCCCCGGACAUCUUUGCCCAGACUCGCCCGAGUCCAGCCGCCUGUCCCUGGAGCGCCGCCGGUACAGCGCAUCCCCGCUGACCCUCCCUCCAGCCGGCUCGGCUCCCUCCCCGCGCCAGUCCCAGGAAAGCCUGCCGGGGGCUGUCUCUCCGCUGAGUGGACGGAGGCGGAGUCCCGGGCUCCUGGAGCGGAGAGGCUCGGGGACGUUGCUCCUGGACCACAUCUCGCAAACGCGGCCGGGUUUCCUGCCCCCGCUCAACAUCAGCCCCCACCCUCCCAUCCCUGACAUUCGCCCCCAACCCGGAGCUCGGGCGCCUUCACUGCCUGCCCCUCCCCACGCCGCGGGGCCGGGCUCUCCCAGGACCAAGCGCAAGUUGGUGAGACGCCACUCCAUGCAGACUGAGCAGAUCCGACUGCUAGGGGGCUUCCAGAGUCUAGGCGGGCCAGGGGAAGCAGGGCGCUGAGAGAAACAGAAGGAGCCAAUGGGGGGCGGAGAUCAGGACUUUGAUGGGACAGGUAGGAGAACCAGCUUAACUCUCGUCACUGACACAGGGGUCUCUUGCAUGUGCCCAUGGCACGGUGCACGCGCACAUGGGUAAACGUGCCCACAAGCACAGUAGGCUUGCUAAAGAGGAAGAGUAAGUAAGUAUAGUACUGUUUGAGGGGUAUGCAGAUACAUGCAUUCAUGCCCUGCUCGUUCAACAUGCAUAUGGGAUCACUCGUGUACCCACAGGCACUUCACAGCAGUAAACUCACGGAACUUGUGCUGGAGUCCCGAACUCACUCGCUUUUAUUAUGAGUACUGUCCCGUACCUGCGCCCUCCUGCAGAAGCAACCCCUGGCUUUCCCUGUGUGCCAUACAACACAGCCUAUCAUGAUUUUGCACAGUCUACUUCCUCUUCAUGAAAAUCCCACCAGUUCUGCAGGUCUUGUUUCUCUCCCCAGGCCUGGGUCCUUUUCCCCACUCUGAGUCCAGCCCCAACCACUUUUCAGGACUUCUUCACUCUCCCCAGGGGUCCUGCAGCACUCCCACCCUCAGUUCUGCUGCUGGCCUUCCUGCUUCUUAUUCUCACUCUGUUCCUCCAAACACGACAACUGGUUGUCUCCUUUUCCUGGAGGGUGGGUCAUGGGCUCUGAGCUGCUCUUCUGUCUGUCUGAGCUUAUGAACACCCCCACAGGUACAAGUGGGGAGUAGCCCUAAACCACUCCUCUCUCCACUUGACAUAUCAAAUAAAUGUGUUCAGAAGUCUC